AUGGGAACCCCAGUGCCCACUAUUUGUUGCACUGUGCUGGGGGAUGAAAAGGUUGGCAAGUCCGCUUUGGUUCGGCGCUUUUGCCUAGACAGUUUCGAGGAGAGUUAUGACCCUACCAUUGAAAAUACGUACCGUAUGAAACGCUUUUUUAGAGAUUCGGUGUAUACGCUUGACGUAUUGGACACUUCUGGCAAUGAAUAUUGUUCAAGCCUCCUGGAGCAGUGGUACAGGGGAUUUGGAGCGAAACAUGGGUAUAUACUCGUCUACAGCAUCACAUCUGCCUCUUCCUUCCACCGCGUCGAGCACUAUCACCGUGGUAUUACCCAGAAUUUCGGCGAGCAGUGGGAGCAGAGCCCUAUCGUUCUCGUCGCCAACAAGAUGGACCGAGCCGAAGAGAGACAAGUUUCGCAUGCAGAUGGUACGAGACUCGCUCACAAACUGGGUUGCUAUUUCGUGGAGGCGUCUGCCAAGGAGGGAACUGGCGUUGAUGCCAUUUUUGACUACCUCGCGGACGCCCUCCGCGUACAAAACCGACCGGCCGGGAGAUACAUCAAGAGCCCCAGAACGCCCCUCGUGAAACGGAUCCGGGACCCUAGGCCUGCGCCUGGCUACGUCCGCAUUUCCUGGACUUGCAGGUGCGGCAAGCGAGUGAAUAUCCGAGUUGACAAGGAACGCGAGGUCGCUGGCACAAGGUUUGCGGCCGCCGCCGCUGGGCGUUCCAACUCCAGCAGUAUAUCUGUAACCUCCAGCAGCCAAGACUCAUUAAAAGAUACUUCUAGUGCUACACAAGAAAGCUCAGACAUGUCACAAGACACCGAAAGCGGCCAAGAAGAUAAGAACUUGCUUGAUGGGUCUGCUGGCUACCACGGCGAUGCGAACCCCUUCCUCCCAGCUGGGAUGAAGAAAUUCAUACUGCUGUGCGUCAACAGCCCAAUGGGGCCUAUUAAGCUCCAAAAUGUUGAUGUGACCGACAUCGAAAAGGAUGAGGGGCUUUUCCGUCGCCUGCGCUCAGAAUACCGUCGAUGUCGUGGCGGUAGGAAAUGGAAUCCCUUUACGAGGCCCAAGACGAUGCACUACAUCAAGUUUCAUCUGCUACAUCUGAGCAAGACCAAAGACUGCGUGGGCAACUACCGGACGAACAGCAUCCCGACGAGGAAAGAGAUCCUCAGCCAGGAGUACGCCUUUCGCCCGUGUCCUCCGCCGCACGGCGAUGUUCCCAUACAUCCAGAGCUGUUUAUGCACGUGUUUCUCAAUCCUGGAGAUCACCUGGGGUCACUGGCGGUAGAGAUGCUCCCUAAAAAGUUGCGCGAGAGGCUGUGUUGGGACGAUGCUGCCAAUAACAUGAACAAUCUGCCAUACGGCUGGGGUUUCUACAUUGUGGAGGACGUGGACUGGGUCAUUGUCACCACGUUCGUCCUCGGCAUUCUCUUUGCCGUGACGGCGCUGACCAUUGCCUGGUCUAUGACAAAGGGUGAUGUGCAGGGAGGGACGGGCAUUGGACAGUACUGCAUUGCCGUUGUUGCUGUUUUGAUUUGCCUCGCUUUGCGCUUCAAGGACUGA